UGAGUAGCUAUAAACUGUGACCAAUGAUCACGUCAAACCGCACCACGAGACGUUCCCUCGUGGUAUGAAGUGCGUAUUAUUCUCUGCAGCGAAGGUUAUGUACGACAGUUGUCAAAGACAAUGUUUUGAGACGUCUUGUCUCAUCGUGACAAUACGUUGAUCCGUCUCGCGGCCGCGAAACUCUGUUCCACCUCCCGCCUGGACUGGAGCCGUUAUCUUCACGAACGGCCUUUCCAUAUUCAUAACUCUGCGCUCGCUUCGCAGGCAAUGUUAGGAAGUGCACUUUCAGCCGAGCACUAAAUCGUGAAUCGUCGCAAUCGAAACCCGUUGAGAAUGGCCGAUGAGGUGGUGGACACAUUACGGGGCCUCAAUAAUGAGGACACCGAGUGCAUUGUUGAUGCCGAGAUCGACGGCGACGACGACGACUCUGACGGAGUCAUAGUUCCGGAGCUUCAGGGUACACUAUCCAAAUGGACAAAUUACAUACAUGGCUGGCAAACUAGAUUUAUUGUACUCAAAGAUGGUACUUUGUCUUAUUACAAAUCCGAGCAGGACAGUGGAUACGGAUGUCGUGGUUCGAUUAGUCUGUAUAAAGCUAAUAUCAAGGCACAUCAGUUUGAUGAAUGUAGAUUUGAUGUGUCGGUGAACGAUUGCUUGGUUUGGUAUUUAAGGGCAAAUAAUCCAGAAGAAAAACAGCGAUGGGUAGAUGUCUUAAAGUCAUAUAAGUCAGAGUCUGGUUAUGGAAGCGAGAAUAGUCUCAAACGACACGGUAGUGCCAUUUCGCUCAUAUCAAAUACACAAUCGACAACGAGUGCUAGUAGUCUUACUAAACGUGGCAUUAGAGGAUUGAAGGAAAAGUUGGCCGAAAUUGAAACAUUUAGAGACAUUCUGUUCAAGCAGAUCGAUACUCUGCAAAAAUAUUUCGAUAAUUGUGCAGAAAAUGCCAAGAAUACUUCUAAAGAAGAAAAGGUAAUUGAGACAAUGUUUAAUCCAGCCGAACAAUCGGUGGAUUUUAAAGGGGAAGCGAUAACAUUUAAAGCGACUAGCGAAGGAGUGUUGGCAACCCUACAACAUUGCGUCGAAUUAAUGGUACAGCGAGAGGAUGCAUGGCGCCGUAGAUGGGAGAAGGAAGUUGAAAAGAAACGAAAAUUACAAGAACUCUAUAAAGCUCUGAAAGAUCAAGUUGCUAUGCAUCAUAACGGCUCUCCGAGGCCUAGAGUCGUUAUACACGGAGGUCCCGAUUACGAGGAAGGUCCGCAUAGUGCUCUUUGUGAUGAAGAAUUUUACGAUGCCGUUGAGACGGGUCUGGACAAAAUCGAGGAGGAGAAUCAAUUAAGGGAUCGUUUGAAACAAAAAUCUGUCUCAAUUUUGUCAUCCCCUACUAUAACAGCAUCUACGCACAGGCUUUGGCCAGAAAUAGAAAAAAUUACAAUGGAACAGCUGCAUUACGCUCGGCUUGGCGUAGGCGGAGCGGGUGGUUGGCAAUUAUUCGCCGAAGAUGGUGAUAUGCGAAUGUAUCGGCGGGAGGAGGAGGCCGAUGGUCUAGUUGUAGACCCUCUCAAAGCGUGUCACGUAGUCAAAGGAGUGACCGGUCAUGAAGUCUGCGAGAUAUUUUUCAGUCCCGAAUAUAGAAGCGGUUGGGAAGCCACUUUGGAGGACAUGGCAAUUGUCGAAAACAUUUCCAAGGAUACAUUAUUAUUUCUGCAAACGCACAAACGUAUCUGGCCAGCGAGCCAACGAGACGCGUUGUUCUGGUCGCACAUACGUCGCGUGUCCGACGAUCAGGAUCGCGACGCUCAGGAUCUGUGGAUAGUCUGCAAUCACAGUACUGAACAUCCCGAUCAUCCGCCAAAUGCGGGUAAAUGUGUGAGAGUCUACUUGACGGUUUGUCUCGUAUGCCAAACAUUUAUUGAUCCUCCAAAGGAUGAGGAGGAAAUAAAAAGGGAGAAUAUUACGUGUAAAAUAACGUACUGUUCAGUUGUAAAUCCAGGUGGAUGGGCUCCAGCUUCCGUUUUGCGGGCCGUUUACAAGAGAGAAUAUCCAAAGUUCCUUAAGCGUUUCACGAACUUUUGUAUCGAUCAAUGCAAGAAUAAGCCAAUCACAUUCUAAAUAUGUGAAAAAAAAAAAACUUCAAUGUUUUCCAUCCAAUUCCUUAUUCACUAUCUCGAAGUGUCUUCACGUGAUUAUUGUAAAAACAAGUUUGUAUUGUUACAUACUGUAGGAAUUGUAGAACGGCCAUUACGGUGUAAGUGAAACCGUUUUGUAUAUUACCUUUUUCUUUUUUUAUCUGCUUAAGAUGAUCGACUUAUAUAGCUUGCGAAGUGGGGAGAUAAACCAUUUAUAUUAAAAGCCAUUUAUGAUACGAGUGUAUAGCAGUUACGUUACACUUGGACAAGGAUUGAAGCACGCGCGUGGCUGCAGCACUGUUUACGGACUAUUCUUUUUCUCUUCGAAUAACAGCCUAUUAUUUGUUACACAGUAAUAUGCUGUCGCAUAAUCCAAUUGUACAAAUCUUUAACAAAAAUUGAAUACAUAUACAUUUAUCUCUUGUUACACAUUACAAUCUAAUUAAACGCUGAAUUGUAUGAUAUCAAAUUAUACUGUUAUUUU